AAUAUUGGGUUCAUUCUACAACAAAUACAACCGCAAGUUGGAGAGAACUGAAUUUAUCAAAGUUGAAUUAUUGUUAUUGGUUUGACGAUAUUACCUUCAGUUUUAUGUGAAUUCGUUGGACAUUGAAAACAGAACACGUGGUUAAAGGCUGGGGAACUCUUAGACGAAAACGAGGCAGUGCAGGGGAUUCCAUCAUGGCUGACAACGUAGGAACACCACCUUUGCUGAAAGAAAAUAAUGAGCUCCUUGAGUCAGCCACAAAAACACAGCAAAGAAUGACAAUGGCCAAAGGUUUAUUUUUAUUGACUGGUGUAGCUGGUGCAGCUAUGUUAUUUGGGUUCACUACAACACUUGCAAUGACCAAAAAAAGAAGCCCUACAAUGUUUAACAAGGGGUUUCUGCCAGUAGCCUCGUCUGAAAUGCCAGAGAGUGGUGCUGCAUUGGGAUUGAGGGCACUGGGAUGGGGCACACUAUUCUCAGUGUCUGGGGUAGGCUUCCUGACUGUUGUCUUCUGUAAAGUGUUUUCCAUUCAAAGUAUUUCAGAUUUCAAAGACACAAUACAGUCCAUAGCACCUACAAUAAAAAGAAAUGAAGUGGUCUUGAAAGAACUAUCUUGGAGUGAUGCUCUUAGUUCAAAAAACAAAAAAACAGAAUCAACUUCUGAUGAUUUGAAAUCAGAUGCGAUAAAUACUGCUCAUUCCAGAUGAUAGAAUAUAUGACACGCCAUACAUCUCGUAUCACAAUGUAAAAAUGCCAAUUUUGAUCAUUUUCCCUGACAUUCAUAUGUGUUGAAAAAUAAUCUGGUGAUCCUAUUUGUUUUUCAUUUUCAGUAUCCUGAUGUCAUGUA